CUUCUCCAAACUUAUUCUACGCUUCUUACCCUUCGGAAGCGUAGAGCAUUACUCUUUCUCUCUCUCUCACAAAGAAGGGAAAAAGGGUUUGUUUAACGUUGUAACCAAAUCACAGAUAUUCUCUCCCUCUCUAUACGACGUCGUCAGGUUUGUGUUGGAUUGUUUUGGUUGUUCCCUUGCAAUGGCUGCCACUGCGACUGCCUCUUCCUCAGGUCCACGUUAUGCUCCAGAGGACCCUACGCUUCCCAGACCGUGGAGAGGCCUUGUUGAUGGUAAAACUGGGUACCUUUACUUUUGGAAUCCAGAGACAAAUGUCACUCAAUAUGAGAGGCCUGCACACUCGGCGGCCCCACCAAAGUCUUCAGUGCCUAGUUCUUCUGUCCAAGUUCAACAAUCUUCUCAAGGACAGCGACGUGGCUAUAGUCCUGAUGAUGAUGAUAAGUAUGCCAGAGGCAGCAAUGGAGGGUCAAAACCUGAGGCUGGAUCAAGGAGCCAGCAGAGUGCAAGAAGUGGAACUUUGCAUUCCAGUAAUGGUCCAAAUGGCACACUCAGUGCCGGACAUGGAGGAUCUUCUACAAGAGGACAUGGAGCUUCAGAUGUAGGAGCUGAUUUGUCACCUGAGGCUUACCGUCGCCGGCAUGAAAUAACUGUUUCUGGUGAUAAUGUUCCUCCACCUUUUAUUUCAUUUGAAGCUUCUGGCUUUCCAGCUGAGCUUCUUAGAGAGGUACACAAUGCUGGGUUCUCUGCGCCAACUCCAAUUCAGGCACAGUCAUGGCCGAUUGCUAUUCAAAGUAGAGACAUAGUGGCCAUUGCCAAAACUGGUUCGGGGAAAACCUUGGGUUACUUGAUUCCAGGAUUUAUUCAUCUGAAGCGCACCCGUAAUGACGCUCAAUUAGGUCCUACUGUGCUGGUAUUGUCACCAACAAGGGAGUUGGCAACACAGAUACAAGAUGAAGCUGUGAAGUUCGGAAGGUCAUCAAGAAUUUCUUGCACGUGUUUGUACGGAGGAGCACCAAAGGGACCCCAGUUAAGGGAAAUAGAGAGAGGAGCAGAUAUAGUGGUUGCCACUCCUGGCCGCUUGAAUGAUAUUCUUGAGAUGAAGAGAAUUAGCCUUCAUCAAGUUUCUUACCUUGUGCUUGAUGAGGCUGAUCGCAUGCUAGACAUGGGUUUUGAACCUCAGAUAAGGAAGAUUGUAAAGGAGGUGCCUGCUCGCCGCCAGACCCUCAUGUACACAGCAACAUGGCCAAAGGAGGUUCGGAAAAUUGCUGCAGAUCUGCUGGUCAAUCCUGUUCAGGUUAACAUUGGCAAUGUGGAUGAGCUUGUCGCAAACAAGUCCAUCACACAGCAUAUUGAAGUGUUGUCAUCCAUGGAGAAACACAGACGACUGGAGCAGAUAUUACGAUCUCAAGAACCAGGAUCAAAGAUAAUUAUCUUUUGUUCAACUAAGAAGAUGUGUGAUCAACUUGCCCGCAACCUUACUCGCCAUUUUGGUGCUGCUGCCAUUCAUGGAGACAAAUCACAGGGUGAGAGGGAUCAUGUGUUGAGUCAGUUCCGAACCGGGAGAUCUCCAGUUCUUGUAGCCACUGACGUUGCAGCUCGAGGGCUGGAUAUCAAAGACAUCAGGGUGGUUAUCAACUAUGAUUUCCCUACUGGAGUGGAGGAUUAUGUUCAUAGGAUUGGAAGGACAGGGAGAGCAGGUGCCACUGGUUUGGCUUACACAUUCUUCGGUGACCAGGAUGCCAAGUAUGCUUCAGAUCUCAUCAAAGUUUUGGAAGGAGCAAAUCAGCGUGUCCCUCCAGAAAUUCGUGAUAUGGCUUCUCGUGGUGGUGGGAUGAUGGGCAGGUCCAGACGAUGGGGUUCUGGUUCUGGUUCUGGUUCUGGUUCUGGUUUUGGAUCUGGUUUUGGUUUUGGUGGUCGUGAUGGGGGUCGGGGUGGACGUAACGAUUCGGGUUAUGGUGGAAGAGGUCGCGGAUAUGAUAAUGAGUCCCGUGAGAGGUUUGACCGUGGAAAUAACUAUGGACAAGAUAGAGGUCGCAGCCGGAGCCCGAAGGGGCCUGCUUGGGGUGACCGCAAUAAAGGUUUGAACCGUGAGCGCAGCCGCAGUCGUGAGCGCAGCCCGCCACGCAGUUUUCACCAAGCAAUGAUGGAAAGGAGUCGGCCAUCCUCACCACCUCAACACCAGCGUGGGCCGCCUUAUAAUAGCGAGAAUGCAAGGGAACGCAAGGAUUCACCACAAGGGUGGGGAAGAUCCUCAGGUAGUGGGAAGGAUGAUAGGGGACUUGCCAAUGGAUCUCAUUCUUCUUAUUUUGGGGAAGAAGAAGAGGAAGGCAUGAUACCUCAGGAUGAUGAUGACAUGUACCGUGCAGCUAAUGAAGAUGCCCAUCGUUCCCCUUGAACAAUAAUAGUUUUGAGGGGUACUUUAAAAUGGUUUGAGCAUGUCUUCUAACGCUGUUGUUUUUGCUUUGGCUUAGUGUUGUAAGUGGAAGUAGGGCUUGUAACUAGGGUGACUGGGGGUGUGGAAGACUUUUGUUGGAUGGUCUUGAGGGUUAAAAAUUAAACCAGACCCCUCUUAAAACUUUUUGACAACCUUUUGUUUCUCUUUCUUGUUUUUGGUAGGAAAGAAAGGGCAAGCAUGAAGCACCACUCAACGAGUGUUUUUUUAUGUAUUUGCUUUGUAAUACGGUGACCUGCAUGGUCAUAGUUAUUAUAUCCAUAUUUUAUGGUCUGAUAAAUUUGUUUGACGCUGUCAUUGUGUAAAUGUAAAAACUCAGGAAUAUUAUAUAACAUGCUCAUUGUUUCUGGUACCA